CGCUGGCGGGGCUGAGCCCGGAGCUGCGGCGGCGGGCAGAGAGGAGCGGGCGGCAGGCGGGGUUACAACGAGGGCAGGCGGGCUCGCUGCGCGGCGCUGCCCCCUCCCCCUCUCCGGACUGAGGCGGCGAGAGCUCCCCCUUCCUGUUCCAGCCUCCUGCGGCCGCCAGCGCCGCCGCUGCCAGCCGGGGACGGGAGAGAGACGAGCGGGGCAGAGCCGCCGGCUGCUGGCUCUAUGCUGCCCGCCCCGGCGCUAGGAGCCCGCCCCGGGGGGAUGCUGGUGCUGGGAUUGCUGCUGGGAUAACCCCCGCCGCCCUCCUCCGCCUGCUACCGCCCGGUCCAGCCGGAGGAUGCUGCCCGGGUCGCGGGGGACUCUGACUAGGGGACCAGCGGCAGCGUCCUCUCCUCCGGCUCCGAGCGCUCGUGCUGCCCCUGGAGCAGCCGCCUCCCCCGGGGAGCGAUGACUUCAAAGCACCAGGCGGACUGGAUCCCGUACAGUGUUUUAGAUGAUGAAGGUAGCAAUCUGCGUCAACAAAAGCUUGACAGACAGCGAGCAUUGCUAGAACAGAAGCAGAAAAAAAAACGCCAGGAGCCACUAAUGGUUCAGUCCAAUGUAGACAGCCGCACAAGAACACGAAGAAUGAAACAUUCAGAGGAACAAGCGCCGUUGGUUGAAUCGUAUCUUAACAGCAACAGCAGCACCAUUUUUCAUGCAGUUCAGGAGGCCGAGCAGGAAGAUGUAAAGGUGGUAGCAGAUGCUCAAGCUCCAAAAUCGACUAAAAAAACCAAGGCAGCAGCUGCAAGCUGUCAAACUGGCAGCACGAGAAAGGAGAAAAAGGGGAAACACAAAGGAAUUGAUGGCCCUGCUGCAUUUCAAGAUGAUGUUCAGGAGGUAGGAAGCCAAAUUCAGAUUCUUACUGUUGGGCAGUCUAGCCACAAUGAAGAUGAUGGAGAGACGAUGGCUAGUGGCCAACAACAAAGCAGGCAGGACCUUAGAGUAACAAUGCAGAAAAAGGAUCCCCACGCAAAUACAUCCUGGUCCACUUCCACCUCCCAAUCCAGUCUUGUGGCCCUGGAUCAUGUUCCAGGCAUUUCAAGCAGCAUGAAUUUUGAUGAAGAGGAUGAGGAUGAUGAAGACAGCUCAAGUUCCUCCCAGUUAAACAGUAACACCCGACCUGGCUCUGCAACAAGCAAGAAAUCAAACAAGGAGGCAGCCUCAGCUCCCAGCCCUUCCGCAAAUGAGCCUGUCAUAGAUGUUGAUGACCUGGAGGAGUUUGCUGUGAGACCUGCUCCACAGGGCGUCACCGUCAAAUGCCGAAUCACAAGAGACAAGAAGGGAAUGGACCGAGGAAUGUACCCUACCUAUUACCUCCACUUGGAAAGGGAGGAUGGUAAAAAGGUAUUUCUAUUAGCCGGAAGGAAGCGAAAGAAGAGCAAAACUUCUAAUUACCUCAUCUCUAUAGACCCAACUGACCUGUCUCGAGGUGGAGAGAGUUUCAUUGGAAAACUAAGAUCAAAUCUUAUGGGGACUAAGUUUACAGUAUAUGACAAUGGAGUAAAUCCAAUGAAAACAACAUCAAGCCUAGAAGCAAGUAACCUGCGUCAGGAGCUAGCUGCUAUUUGCUAUGUAAGUACUGCUCGCAGGCAAAGCCUGUAAGGAGUGGGAGUCAAUUUUCAAAACAUUGGGCCUGGUUCUCUUCUCACUUACACUGGUAUAAGUCAGAAUUCGCUCCCUGAACAACUCAGGCUCCCAGUUUCAGAUUGUCUCUCAGGAAGACAAGGAAACUUAACAGGAAGUAGAGGUAAGACAUGUAUCCACAUGUACGCCUCGUCUCCAGCCAGAUUGCCAUCUGACAGGCCCCUCAUCUCCAGUCAGAAGACCUCAGAGCUGUGGUACUAUGGGGAUAGAAUGCUUUACACUCCUGUAUACAUCUUAUGGGAACUGUAGCUGUGGGGACAAAAUUACUACCAGUAAAACAUGAUCAGCAGCAAUGGCACCCUGGAGAUGGCAUCUAUGAUCCAGUAGAGUUCACAGGGAGCUGGGCAGGUAGGUCUGAAAUGGUCCCUUGGAGAGAAAGAGAGAGCGCAUGUCUCCCCCUGAAGGAACCAAGAGCAUCUGGCCUCUUUCUGGCUCCAGUAUGAUGUGGACCAGCUAGCCACACCAUCCCCUCCCCCCAGCUUGAGAGGGUGAGUCUUGGGCUGUAAGAAACAAUCUGUCUGGAGUGAUGGAUGGUGCGCUGAAUGACCUGGAGGAUUGUCAGCACAUGAAAACCAAAAUGAGGGGCCCCUCCGCUUCCAUGGGCAUGACUCCAGGCAAUAGG